AUGUUUCAAUCUUCGAAACCAUAUUCGGCCGUGACCGUCCAAAUCGAGGUCCUCACGAGUGAAACAUAUGAAGUAGAAGACUCUAGCGGUAUCGUCGAUUUGGUAGAGGUCAUCCGCAUCCAGUCCAGCGGUCCAUCGGAAGCAAGUCGUGCGCUACGCAAGAAGCUUAAAUACGGAAACCUCCAUCGACAGCUCCGAGCCCUUGUCAUUCUCGACUUCCUUAUUCAAAAUGCCGGCGAACGAUUCCUGCGCGGUUUCGCAGACGAACCCCUCCUCGAACGACUGCGCAUUGCAGCAACAGACCCCGUCUCCGACCCACUUGUCAAGCAGAAGUGCAAGGCCCUCUUUGGACAAUGGGCUGUUACAUACAAGGAUACGCCUGGAAUGGGCAAGGUUGCCGCUCUAUACAGAGAGCUUCCUAAGCGAAAGCAGCCCGCCACGCAGGCUAAGGCGAAGGUAUUGCGUGAAGGGUCAAACCCGCAUGAGCAGGCUUUCGGGCAUACAGUCUCUGUGUCAGCGGGGAAUGGACCCUCCACGCCGCUGAGUGGUCCGAGGCACAAGAGUAAAUCGAAGGACAAGAAGAAGGAGAAGAAACUCUCCGUCAGUCUUGGUAGGGGUUUCAAUGUGGAAAGAGAGAGACCGGAGAUUCUGCAGACAAUUGCGUCAGCCUCUGUGGCGAGUACAAAUUUGCUAAAUGCGCUGAAGCUUGUGAAUCGGGAGACGACCCGUGUGAGUGAGGAUGCGGAGUGCAUUAAUCGAUUUGAGAAGUGUAAGAAGCUCCGACACCAAAUCCUGCGGUAUAUUCAGCAUAUCGAGACUGAGGAAUUCUUGGGUGGGUUGAUUCAUGCCAAUGAAGAGCUGGUCGAGGCUUUGAUGUCAUUUGAGGUACUUGAUAAGAGUGUCGACUAUGACAGUGACAGUGAUGACGACGUGCUUGGUGGAAAUUGGCGGUCAAAGGCGGAGUUGGAGGAUGAGAUGAGCCAGAAUUUCAAUGGAUUGAGCGUUAACCCGCCUAAGCCGCCCCGUCCAACUGCUUUGUCAACCUUGCAGGAUCUUGAGAGUGAAAGUGAGGAAUCAGAAGAAGACGACGAGGACAAUCCUUUCGGUGAUCGCAAUGAGAUCAAUUCGACGAUAGUUGAGAAAGGCGGUUAUACCUAG